UCUUGCCCGGGUACGUUGGUGCGUUUGGUUUUUCCAUUAUUUUCUUACAGGGACAUUUUUCAAACUCUGAAAAUUCGUAGUCUGAUUUUCUUUAUUGUACCUGCACUCUAAGUAUAACAUGUAAUCAUUUUUGUUGGCCAACGCGGUUUGAAAGCCAAGACAUUUUGUUGCCACUUGUAGAUAUUCAUCCAUUUUGUAAAGGGCUGGCUCACUGCGCGCGCGCUCUUUCGGUGCUCUCCAAUUAGUGCGCGCUCUCUUGUGUCAAGGUGAAGGCUUAGCUCGUCAUUGAUGCGCGGUUCAGAGGGAACUUGUGCGGCUGAAACUUUGACAGACAUUGUUAAAUGUCUGUCACAUAGCUAGAAUUCAAAGCACAUGUUGCUUCUGAGCUCUCCCGAUGUCUGACGAAAGAGAAGAAAGCGACAGUGGCGAGAGAGCGCGUCUCUCUGAGUCUCCCUCCCCGCCGCUGUCUGUCUGUCUUCCCCACAAAUCUCCUACCUCUCAGCGACCCCAAGACCUCUUCUCCUCCGCCUCUCCACUACUGGGGGACACAGACUCGCCUUACCUCGCCUCUCCUGAGUGUCUUCCCCCGUCUCCAGAGAACCGAGAACCCGAGGGCUCCCCACACUUCCAACCGCCAAAGUUACGCCAGCGGACAGGGGACACCGGCUCUCCGUUUCGUUCGCGACAGGGUGUGCAGACAGUUGCUGUGCAAGACUGUUACAAUGACCCUUUUCCCAAGUGGAGAGGACGAGUCGCGGGGAACCCCGAGCACUUUCAGCACCAUGGACAGAGACUCCACCGGGCUCCGGAGCUGUCGGACUCCGGGAACCACUACCCUAUGGAGCACAUAGACACCGAGUUCAACUGCGAAACCCGGCAAACGAUGGAAGCCAUGCAUCGUCGGCACACCACGCUAAGGGAGAAGGGACGUCGGCAGGCAGUGCGGGGCCCGGCCUAUAUGUUCAAUGAACGCGGCUCGCCCCUCACUGCAGAGGAGGAGCGUUUUCUAGAUGCUGCUGAAUACGGAAACAUCCCGGUAGUCCGCAAAAUGCUAGAAGAAUCCAAAACCCUUAAUUUCAAUUGUGUUGACUAUAUGGGCCAGAAUGCUUUGCAGCUGGCAGUGGGCAAUGAGCACCUAGAAGUGACAGAGCUACUCCUGAAGAAAGAUGGGUUGGCUAGGAUUGGGGAUGGUCUGCUUUUAGCUAUCUCCAAGGGUUAUGUUCGAAUUGUUGAAGCCAUUCUUGGCCACCCUGCCUUUGGAGGGGGUCUGCGACUGGCUUUGAGUCCACUAGAGCAGGAGAUGCGUGAUGAUGACUUUUAUGCUUAUGAUGAGGAUGGAACUCGUUUUUCACAUGACAUCACGCCCAUCAUCCUGGCUGCUCACUGCCAGGAGUAUGAGAUCGUCCAUAUCCUUUUGGUGAAAGGAGCUCGUAUAGAAAGGCCACAUGACUACUUCUGUAAGUGCUUGGAAUGUGUGGAGAAACAGAAGCGAGACUCCUUCAGUCACUCGCGCUCCAGGAUGAAUGCUUAUAAGGCACUGGCCAGUGCAGCUUACCUGUCACUCAGCAGUGAAGACCCUGUGCUGACUGCCCUUGAGCUCAGCAACGAACUGGCAAGACUGGCCAACAUUGAGACAGAGUUUAAGAAUGACUAUCGUAAGCUGUCCAUGCAGUGUAAGGACUUUGUGGUGGGUGUGUUGGACCUUUGUCGAGACACGGAGGAAGUGGAGGCCAUACUGAACGGUGACGUGGACCAGUGCCCUCCGAGCCCCUACAAUCGUCCCUGCCUCAGUCGUGUCAAACUGGCAAUCAAGUAUGAAGUGAAGAAGUUCGUUGCUCAUCCCAACUGCCAGCAGCAGCUGCUGACUAUCUGGUACGAAAACCUGCCUGGUCUGAGGCAGCAGUCCAUCGGUGUGAAGUGCUGGACAGUGCUGGGGGUCACUGUAGGUUUGCCCUUCCUGGCUAUCGCCUACUGGAUAGUGCCAUGUAGUAAGCUUGGUCAGGUCUUGCGAAGCCCCUUCAUGAAAUUCGUAGCUCACGCUGUUUCUUUCACCAUCUUCUUGGGUCUGCUGGUCAUCAACGCUUCCGACCGCUUUGAGGGGGUCAAGAACCUGCCCAAUGAGACCAUCACAGACCACCCACGACAGGUAUUCCGGGUCAAGACCACCCAGUUCUCCUGGACAGAGAUGUUGAUCAUGAAGUGGGUGUUGGGCAUGAUUUGGUCAGAAUGUAAGGAAAUCUGGAGCGACGGGCCCAGAGAGUACGUCAUGCACCUUUGGAAUGUUCUGGAUUUUGGAAUGUUGUCCAUCUUUGUGGCAUCCUUCACAGCACGCUUAAUGGCAUUCCUCAAGGCAUCCAAAGCCCAGCAGUAUGUGGACAUGCACAUACCAGAUGAAGACCUCAGCAGUGCCUCACUGCCUGAUGAAGUUGCCUACUUCACCUAUGCCAGGAUCAAGUGGCGCCCCUCUGAUCCCCAGAUCAUCUCAGAAGGCCUGUAUGCUAUUGCUGUGGUGCUGAGUUUCUCACGCAUCGCCUACAUCCUACCAGCCAAUGAGAGCUUCGGCCCACUGCAGAUCUCUCUAGGACGCACAGUGAAAGACAUCUUCAAGUUCAUGGUUAUCUUCAUCAUGGUGUUUGUGGCCUUCAUGAUUGGCAUGUUCAACCUGUAUUCGUACUACCUGGGAGCCAAGUACAAUCCUGCCUUCACCACGGUUGAGGAAAGUUUUAAAACUCUCUUCUGGUCGAUAUUUGGGCUGUCUGAAGUGAUCUCAGUGGUGCUGAAGUAUGACCAUAAGUUCAUAGAGAACAUCGGCUACGUGCUGUAUGGAGUCUAUAACGUCACCAUGGUGGUAGUCCUUCUCAAUAUGCUUAUUGCCAUGAUCAACAGCUCAUACCAGGAGAUAGAGGAGGAUGCUGACGUGGAGUGGAAGUUUGCCCGAGCCAAGUUGUGGCUCUCAUAUUUUGAUGAAGGCCGCACCCUCCCUGCCCCCUUCAACUUGGUUCCCAGUCCGAAGUCCUUUUACUAUCUGGUCCUCCGCAUCAAGUCCUGCCUGAUACGCCUCUGCAAGGCCAACAGCCGUCGCCAUGACAACACACUAGAGAUGGGCAUGCUGAACUCACAGGCCAAGGAUGAACAUUUCAGGGCUUAUCCACGACCAGGAGAAGAGUUCAUCCCCAGAAAAUCUAGAAAACACCCAACCAGAUAUCAGAAGAUCAUGAAGCGCCUGAUCAAACGGUAUGUGCUAAAGGCUCAAGUGGACAGAGAGAGCGAUGAAGUCAAUGAAGGUGAGCUGAAGGAGAUCAAGCAAGACAUUUCCAGCCUCCGUUAUGAGCUCCUGGAGGAGAAGUCCCAGGCCGCUGGGGAGCUGGCUCUACUCAUCCAGCAACUUAGUGACAAGUUUGGCAAGAACACCAUGAGACACUGAAAGGCCUCUCAUGAAGGCGAGAGACGAAAAGAUGGAGGCAGAUGUGAACAAGGUUGAAACCAGGAGGAGGUGGGGGCCAAAACAGGGUCAGUUGAAGUGUUUUUAAGACCUUGGUAAUGAAAGGAGGACAGAAAUGAAUGAGGGGAAGCAGGAUGUUUUUAAGAUAGAAAAGAAAGUGGAAUACAAGCUUAAGAGAAAGAGUCAUGGCACAGAGUGAAAAUUGCUAACACAGGGCAAAAAAGCAAAUGUUUUCUAUACGGAAUGUCCAAUUAAGGAGAAAUGUGAAAAGAAAAUAGCUGCGACUGUGAGUGAAUGUGAGGUCAGAGUUGAAGUAAACUCAUGUGGGAAGGGGGGCAUGGGGGGUAUUGAGUUCUAAUUAAAGGCAACAUCUUGAGGGAUCGAGAGAGGAGAGAAAGGCAGAGGCUCAUAGCUCAGGUAGGAGAUAGCGGGAGACAGAAGAGGAGGAGGAGAACACAAGUGCCAUGUGAUAUGAAGAGACACCACAGUGUAGAAGACCGAUGCAGCGCAGCGAUGAGGCCCCCCCACUUUCGCUGCCAAGAGAUAUCAGUGCAUCACCAACUUGGUGGCGAGCGAGGAAAACCCAGAGAGAAGGGAUGACAGAGAGAAAGCUGGAGGGGGAGGGGGGACAAGAAAGAGAGAGAGAGAUCUGAAAAAAAACUGCCACUGCUAUUCACACCAGAAAGGCUGGCUUUGCUUCUGUGUCUUCACCUUGUCAGGACAAGCAGCGUUGCCUGUUGAGAUACUUUACAUCCCUUUAUAUGCCAGGCUUUCUAAUUAAUGCAUUUCCAUCCACAAUGCACAACUUGUGAUCAGGAGAAUUCAGGAAAAAGCGGGAAACAAUAUAACAUUUAUGCACUCAAUUGUAAGUCAGUAAAUAAAUAGCUCACUCAAAUAUUACUCAUUAUCCACUCAUCUUAAUGUCAGUUGGACACUUUUUUAGUGUUCACACACUGUGCUGUGUAGACACACAGUGUUGCAGCACCAUGUGCAGAGUCGCCAAAGAGAUGUUUGAAAGAUCCUAGAAAUUGACUUUAUAAAAAAGUGGCAGUGACAUUGCUCCAGACUGCAAGACUUUAAGUCAUUCAGAAUUAUUUAAAAUGCAACAUUCUAAAAAAGCAUAUGCUUUCAUAAAUAUUGCAAGUAUGGGUAAAUCAGAUAGGAAAUAGUAAAGACAGUGCUGUACAAAUAAAUUUAGGAACAUUUCACAAGUCCUCUUUUUAGAUUUCAUACAAAUUUGAACAAGUUUAAGCCAAUAGACGUGUUACAAUGUGACCUAGAUAGCUGUUAUGGAUAUUCUCAUCUUUUGCAGCACAAUGUGUCUCUGUGUGUCAUGUUCUUUUAGAAUAGUGACCAAAAAGCAAUGUCCUUGAAAGGUUAUUUACAGCUGUAAAAUUCUGGAGGACAGUGCUUAUGAGAAGCACAGUAAAACUCUUCUGAUUGCCUCAGGACAACUAGACAUAUGUAAGAUGAUAAAAUCUUGCAGACACAAUAUAGUCUCUUGGAACAGCAGUGCAAACACUUAGCUAUAAAACAUGGGGAUUUGGCAGUAGAAGCUGUGUGGAGUCAUUUUAUGGUUUUAUUUUUCUUUUGGAGACUUACUCACAAGCUGCUGCACUAGCUAAUUUGUCUUAGACCUCAUCAGUGAUUCAGCUGACAUGUGGAUGGGUGAGUAAGUAAUGGUUGUACGGUAUGUUAACUAAAAUGUUUUUUUUUUUAAGUUAUCCCAAUAAUAAUGCACAAUUUGAUGAACUGCUUAUUCUGCCAAUUCACUAUUUUGUAAAUGAGAUCUUUUUUGUGUGUGUGCGAAGGGGAAAACUGUGUUGACAACAAACAGGAUGCAGAUGUUCCUGGGUACAAAUAAGGUGCUAAACAUUACAUAACUAGUCAAAAGUUUGGGCUCCCUUUCUCAUUCAGUUCUGUGAGAAAUUGUGUCCAAACUUGACUCAUGCUGUUUGUUGACCUGUGUGGAUCAGCAUCACUAUUUGUCCUUUUUGUAAUAGCAUCUUAGUUUUUGAUUAUGAUAACAAACAUUAGCCAUUAAAUCAUUAUUUAGAUUCAGUCAAACCCCCAGUCCUGAGCACAGUCAGGAUUUAUUUCUCUCAGAUUAUGUUCACAUCUAUGUUUAGAAUGAGUUAGUGAUUACUAAAAUUAAAUUUCCUGCUUUUCACUUUUGUUUGUUGUACUGCUUCUGGGAAUCCGUCAUAUCCAGUGUUCACACAACACUUGUCUGCAUAUAUUUACAUGUUGUCAUUUAAAAUGUUCAUAAAUGAGACAGUGGAUUACGCCAGAGAUCCUGCUGUGGAGAUCAUAAGGCUACAGCAUACAGUCCAUUCCUUCUCUUUCAAAAGCAAUUGGAUGACAUCAAUCAUAACAAGUAUUAUUAGACUAAAACAUCACAAUGUCAUUAUUAUAUUUUUGUGUGGAUGCUAUCAAACAUCUUCAGCCUGAUUUGAAAGGAUCAGCAGGGGCCUACUGCCCCUAAUAACACAUUUAGUGGGUUGUCAUUAUACUAUACAUCAUUUUCUUUGGUGAGAUAAACAAAUCAGACCACGUCCAUGUUAAAAUUAUUAUCCAUUACAAUAAAACUUGAAUUGCAAGACUGUGAGAUGAGUUACUGUUAUAAGGAAUGUAUCUCUAUUUGGAUUCUUACAGGACAUUUUUAAAGCUUUACAGGUUAAAAGCCUAAAGUCACUAGUAGGUGCAGUAGGCCCCUUUCAGCACCAUUAAGGAUGAGUAGUAGUUUUUAAUCAUAAAGAUAUAAUACAAUUGAAAUGGUUGACUUUAUAGAGUUAUGAAGUUUUCAGUAUGUAAUGAUCAUUUUUGUGUCAGAUACACAAAUCUUAUUUCAUUUUUGUUUACAGUAAAUAAGUAGGCUGACUUAAAUUUGUGUUUGUUUGUUAUGUGUGUCAGUGAGUGAAAGAGCAGCCAACUAUUUUUCUUGCGCAGAACCAGGCUAUUAAGAAAAGACUCGCAAAGAGGGUUUUUAAUUAUUCCUGCAGCCAGAAAGACAGAUUUACCUGAAAUACUGUAUUUUUAAAUCAUAUGUAGGACAUGUUGGUUAAAGAAAUAUCUCUUAAUGUAUCUUGUUAUAUUUUUGAUCCUUAAAUUAAAAAGAGUUGGCUCUAAACUGG